AUGAGGCUCAUUUUGGGCCUGUGGGCCUUGGGCCUAAGCCUGAGCCCGAGUUCAGCUGCCCCGGCUCCGAAUGCUCUUGGUAGGCUACCGUACUCAUGAAGGUGUAAAGCAUUUUAGCAUUUACAGAGAAAAGUCUAGAACUAGAUCUGGAAACUGUGCAAUUCAACCAUCCAACCAUUCUUCCAGAGCAUCCGGACAACUUUAGACAGGAUAAAAUUAAGGCGAGGUGAGUGAGGCCUAGAAAUAGGCCAAUAUUACAAACAGCUUUUUUGUACAGAGCCCGUCAGCAAGAGUACGUGACGAAAGAACGCCUUCCGCCGAAUCUGUACGCGCUCUACUACAAUCUUUGGUUCAAACCGUACUUUCCGAGUCCCGGAAUUCAAUAUGAACCAGGUAAAAUAAUCGUAAAAGUUUUUACGAUUUCUGACGCAAAACUCUGCGGAAAUUACCACAGAAAAUUGGCAAAACGUGUUUCAAUUGCAGAAAAGAAUUUCACGUUCGACGCCAGUGUCAAUUUGGAAGUGGAGGCCCUCGUGAACACGGACCGAUUCAUUUUGAAUGCGUACAAUUUCAAAAUUCAAACUGUUAUCGUCACUGAUAUCAGUUCCAAUGUAAUUCCCAUCAUUUCCAUGUGUAGGUUAAGUUUUAGGAAAAACGACAAUGAUUCAAAAAACAUUUGCAGCCCAAGACGACGCGAAACAACAACUAUCGCUGAUCACGAAUCCGAAUACAAUUGUGAGCGGAAACAUUUACAAUAUCGAAAUCAUCUACAGUGGAAUCAUAAAUCCGUAUCAAGAUGGAGGUGUUUAUUACACUUCCUACAAUGAUCCGCAAGGCGCCACACAGUGAGAUAUACUUUUCUCAACAAAAAAUACGAAAAAACAAAAAAUUUCAGCUAUAUGAUUGCCACGCACAUGGAGCCAUUUUCGGCCCGAAAAGUGUUCCCUAGCCUUGAUGAGCCUUCUUAUAAAGCUGUAAAUUUGAUUUUAAAAAAUUCAAAUAAACUCUAAUAAUGUACUUUUUUUUCCAGAGAUUCGUUAUAACUCUUCAAUAUCCAACCUCGCAGGUGGCACUUUCCAACAUGAUGGAGCCGACCGCCACUGAUGUCGGGUUAGUUUACACUUGUUAGGCCCCCAAAAAAUUGAGGGUAAUCUUGAUGUCUAGUACUUGCUUUUUUUAGUUGAUCACUUUUUUCAAGGGCCACUUCCUGGGGUACUGUAGCUCUUGGAAGUUGGGAUUGAAAUUGUAAGGCUCUGAACCAAUCCCAACUUCCAAGAGCUACAGUACCCCAGGAAGUGAUCGUAGAAAAAAGUUGUCAACUACAAAAAUCAAGUACUAGACAUCAAGAAUAGCCUCAAAGUUGUUUAGACCCCUAUGAUUAGCCUAAAGCUGUACUUUUCAGAGCCGGUUGGAGUGAGCUGAAGUUCGACCAAACUCCUCAAAUGUCCACGUAUUUGAUUGCGUUCGCGGUGGGACCCUACGUCUCCUCAAGCUAUAUCAAUCAACAUCAGACUUUGGUAACUUGAUAUUUUCGAAAAUCGUUAUAAUAUCUUCAAAUUUCCAGACACGAGCCUGGGGCUGGCCGGGAACCGAACAAUAUCUGCAAUUUGCCGCCGAAAACGCGGGGCAAUGUCUUUAUCAGCUGGGAGAAUAUACCGGAAUCAAGUUCCCGUUGGCCAAAGCAGGUACAUGAAUGAACUACAGUAUCUGGUGCCUACCGUAAGCCGAGAUUGUAGAUCAACUUGGAAUGCCGGAAUUCUUAGCGGGAGCUAUGGAAAAUUGGGGUCUCAUCAUCUACAAAUAUCAGUACAUUGCCUAUAAUCCUACGGUAGCGCAAUUAGGUGUGAAAAAUGUAAAACAAAAUUGUUUCUUUAGACAAUGACGACUCGAGACAUGGAAGCGGCGGCGAAAGUGAUGUGCCAUGAGCUCGCGCAUCAGGUACAGUAACCCCAAAACAUGAUUAAUUCUUCAAGUUUUUGUUUCCAGUGGUUCGGAGACCUGGUGACCACUGCCUGGUGGGACGAUCUCUUCCUGAACGAGGGCUUCGCCGACUACUUCAUGACGUUCAUCCAAAAGUUUGUGUACACCGAACAGAACACGUAUCUGGACACCCUGCAAGUGCUGAACGAACUCCAGACGGGCCUCAACGCGGACGUUCGCUCGGACGCCCAUCCGUUGGUUUAUCCGGACGGACCGGCCUUCGACGACAUCACCUAUCAAAAAGGAGCUUCAAUGCUCCGAAUGUUGUCGGACGUGCUCGGACCUACCGUAUUCCAAACUGGCAUCAGGAAUUAUUUGCACAACAAAGAGUACAGCAACGCGCGGGAUAUCGACUUAUUGACCGCGUUGACUGAUGUAAGGCAGUGUCUCAGGAGACGUCGGGGGGCGUUUUUUUUUUGAAAACUUGAUGCCUAGUACUUCAUUUUUGUAGUCGACUACUCUUUUAUCAUGUACUAUCAUGUACGUAGCUCUUGGAAAUUCAGUACCAACUUGCAAACACUACACUACUCCAAGAAGUACGAAGACCUUGUCCUUACAAAAUUACAAAAUUUUACAACGUUCAACUUUCAGGUGGCGAAACAGUCGAACGUGUUUGAUUGGUGUGGCAACCCGUUGAACGUGACCGACUUUAUGCAGCCGUACCUCCAUCAGACGAACCAUCCACUCAUCAGAUAUACGAAUAACCGAAAGAUCGGGUCGGUCGCUUCUUUCACACAAGAGCCUUUCGGAAGCACCGACAACCUGAACGCGACCGUCUGGAACUACAAAUGGACGAUUCCGUUGAGCACUUCGAACCUCCGACACCCCGAUCCUUUCCACCAGUGGCUUCCGAUUGACGGAGCGAGUUGUCCGAAUGCUGAUGAGAAAGUGGAGAAACCGAAGGCGAAGGCGAUCCAAUGGGAGUACACCUCAAUUUACUCGGCUACCUAUGGAAGGUGAGUUCAGAGGAAAACAUUUCCAGGAGGAGAAGAUUCUUUGUAUUUCAGAAUAAUCUACGACGACGUUGGCUUUGAUCGAAUUCUGAAAACCAUCAAACAGGAUGAUAUUGCCGACAAUCUAAAGUUGACACUUUUGGCCGAUGAGUAUUAUUACUUGAAGUGAGUCAAUUAGACCAGCACACUGAAAAUUCGUAACCUUUAAAAAAAAAACUUUCAGCCGCGAAAGAAACGCGAAUCGUCCGUUCUCCUACGAUCGUUUUCUGAAUUUGGCCAACGCCAUCUUCAACACCCCCUCUUUUACUAAUUACCCGAGCUACUCGGUGUUCGCCCAAGCACAACCGGUUUUGGAGGAAAUUGCCAAGUACUACCGCGAUGGAAUCGACGCGGAACUGAUUACGGUAGACAUUUUGGCUAUUCUAUGAAUGGUCAAUAUCGAAACCCGAUUCAGAGACUCUACAAGCAAUUCUUUGGAAACGCCUACGCCCAGUUGCAGUGGCAGAAUACCGAUUUGUGGAAUACUGAGUCAGUUUCAAGUUAGAACAACAACAACAAAAACAGGUCAACGUUUCCUACAGCACAUUCGCCGAGGUGUUUCUGCCGUUCGCAGUCCGCUACGAUAUUGGAGAUGUGCAAAAUCGUACGCUCACAAUGUUUGCAAAUGUGAAGUCGGCGUGUGGAGACAGUUUGAACGGAACCGCCUGGUGCAAUCCGUGAGUUUGACCUGGAAAUGACCUAGAUUCUAUAUUCAACGUUAAAUUCGUCCAGAUACCCGACGAACGUGCGUAAAGCCAUCUACUGUGGAGCGGCAAAAUACGCACCCGUAACUUCCGACUUCUUCUUCCAAAUGCUGCACUCCUACAACAAGGAAGUGAUCACGAAUCCGUAUUUCUACCAGGAGUACAUGUCGCUCCUCGAGGGAAUGAGUUGUACUCAGCAGCCGGCCACUUUGAAGACGUUGAUCCGACUCUUCACCACUUCCACACUCAAUCCGAGCACUCUUUUCGGAUUCCUGAAGUACAAUCCGGUCGCGUCGGACGCCCUUUACAAUUAUUUGGUCGCCAAUCCUCAGGUACCGUAAUACGUGGACACUUUUUUUGAGAAAAUAAGUGUUCAGCUGAUAAACUCCUCGUCAAUCAGCGCUUACCUGGAUGCGAUGACCUACAAUUGGGAUAGUUACAAUCGUAACGCGCAAUUUGCCACGUUGAUGAGUGUGCUCAAAUUGAACGAUGCACAAUUUUCCGUUUUCGAGUCUUAUAUGGAAAGGGUCAACUCGCAGGUGAGUUUGCUACCGUAAUCCUUUCUGAUUUUGUUUUCAGUGGCAAUACCGUAAUACGUACGGGAUCAAGAUUCUUCAAUGGUUCUAUGAUAAUUUGGUUGUCAUCGGAAAGACUCCAUGGGAGAAGGCGUGAGUUUAUUUGACCUGGGAGAUUUUACUCGUUUUAGACUAAAGGAGACAUUAACUAUCCGGUGUACCGACUUUCCCUAAACCCGUACAUCCCAGGAUCCGCCAACUACAUCUGGUACCUCAAUAUGACGUUCGGAGCCGGUCUAGAGGUAUUUUAUUUAAAAAAAUAAAAAUAAAAAAAAUAAAAUAAAAAAAUAAGAAAAAAAUAAAAAAAUAUUCCUUUAAAAUAUUCAUAAAAAGUACUCGCCACAGAUCGAUUUCAAUAUCAUCGUGCCGACGAGCGUCAUCACAAUCAACGCGCACCGUCUCAGUUUCGACGUGACCGACGUGGUGCUGUGGGCGAUGAAUGACGACGGAUCGCAGACGCCGAUCCCGCUGGACGUGGCCAACAUCCGAAAGGAUUACGAUCGAGGACUCGUCUACCUGCCGACCGCCAACAAUACGGUUUUGUAUCCGAACAAGUACUCGCUUUUCUGGGACUAUCAGGGAUUCAUCUUCCAAAAUCCGAGCGACGGAGACUCGUCGAACACGUACUUCGGAGGGUUGAAUGGACGGAAAGGGUGAGUGGUGUUUCUCUGCAACUUUUGUGCAUUGUGCCAGCUGAAGUUGCGUUUAAAAUCCUAGACCACAAUUUUCUAUAUAUUUUUCAGCUGGAUUUUCACCACGGACUUUGAAGGAGGCCCGGGCGCUCGUUCCCUGCUUCCGUGCUGGGACGAGCCCACAUACAAAGGUCAAUUCGUUGUCACUGUAACUCAUUCUACGGACAUGAUCGCGCUGUCGAACGCAAAAGAGAAGGAGACGGCGAUCUACGAUAACGGAUGGAGUUACACCACUUUCGACACCACCGAGAGAAUGGUACCAAACUUUUUUCGUUUUUUUUUUUGCAAAUCCGAUUCAUUUUCAGUCCACGUACCUGCUCGCCAUUUGUGUUGGACAUUUCUCGAAUCUGGCCAAGGUUUCCAAUAUGGGAGUGCUCACGAGGCUCUGGACGUGGUCCGGAAUGGAACAAUACGGAGAGUUGGCGCUGAAUGUGACCGUCGGAACGCUGGAGUUUAUGAGCACUUAUAUGAGCUACAAUUAUCCGCUCCUGAAACUUGGUAAGUAGAGAAACCCAAAUAAAGUCUAUUUAGGACAACGUAUCUCAGCUUUCUGUAGAGAUAUCAAAACGUGGUCAACUAGUAAAUUGUGCACAAUGUCUUUCUAAAUAUUUUAUCAGUUGACAACUUUGUGAUAUCUCUUCAGAUGGCUGAAAUAUAUUAUCACGUAUGAACAAUGCUCACGGCCACUUUUCAGACGUGAUGGCCCUUCCACAGUACACCCAAAACGCGGGCGCCAUGGAGAACUACGGCCUGAUCAUUGGCGAAUACUCGCUCUUCAUGUACGACCCCGACUACGCGACCACUUUGGACAUUACCGAAGUGGCGGAGACUGCCGCCCACGAGGUCGUCCAUCAGUGGUUCGGAGAUACUGUAACCCUGGACUGGUGGAACGACAUCUUCCUGAACGAGGGAUUCGCGCAGUUCUGGUUCGCCAACGGCAUCAAUUACACAUAUCCGGAGCAGGAGGGUUACGCUAUUGUGAGUUUUUGGAGCAAGAAUUGGUCCAUUCAAGCCGGUGUAUCUCAGCUGCCGGUAGUGAUAUCAAAAACUACUAAAAUGUACGCAAUGCCUUUCUGCAUAUUUUAUUAGUCGACAACUUUUUGAUAUCCCCACAGGCAACUGAGAUACACCGUCUUGAAUAGACAAUGUUCUGAAAAACCCUUAUCAUGCUCAUGUCAAAACUCUCCGAGUUCCCCUUUCAGGACUACAACCGUUUCUACAUUAACCACAUCGCUCUCCUGUUCGAUUGCAUCCCCGGAUACGCGAAACCAGUCAUCUCCGACACACCGCCCGUCUUCGGAGUCGAGCCCUACUACAAGGGAAGUGCUCUUCUGAACCUGCUGAACAACGUGCUCACUCCGCCGGUCUUCCAAGCCGGUCUAAUCAACUACCUGACCACUUAUGGCUUCGAGAAUGCCAGUCCCCAACAGUUGUGGGCUGCUUUGAGUCAGGUAAGUCAAAAAAAAAAUUAAGAAUUGGCGUGUAAAAUAUUUAUAACAUUGGAGAGCGUGAAAAGUUACACAAAAGACUAGUAGAUCAUUUUUCUCAACAAUCACCUUUAAGGCCAGAUUUGAGGCCUCAACGUAAUUCUCUAUUCUAACUAAGUGUUUCGUCGUUUUCUCGUCGCCCUACACAUAAAACGCGUGGCAUGCAUGCAUUAUGCGAACACCGUGGAGAAACCGUGGAGGUGCAUGCAUAUAGCAUCCAUUAUGGAUCCACAGCGCACAGAAACGGGAAUAUGCUUCGCGCGUGCAUGAAAUGUGCGUGACUGUCCUCUAAUCGCGCGUGGAAGGAAUAUGCUUUAUCAGUUGGAGCGGCUGUCGCUGUUCGCCGUUGGCCGUGGAUGCAUUAUGGAAGCAUAAUGCCAACCGCGCCAACGGAAACGGCUGAUUUGCUGCUAUUGCAAGCAAGACGGAUUCGUCGCCCGUGGAUCGCGCGUAGAGGGAAUAUGCAAGGGAAGAUGAAGAAGAACUCAUGCCCCGUCCACAUAUUCUUGUUUCUAAUUUCAUCGGGUUUUCACUGUUUUUUCCACAUUUUCAUCUGCUUUUCUUCGCUUUCAGGUAAUUUUUCCUCUAAUUGUAAUAGUUUUAACUUCAAAUUAUUAAGAGCGCCACGAAAUUCCGUCUGUGAGCCCAGAGAACAUGAAGCGACUCAAUGAAAAAUUCCGGUCGAAUGCAACGGCCAAUCGGCAAGAGAAGUUGGGAGGACAGGCGGCAAAGUGCAAGAGUAAGUAUUUUCGAAGACCAUUUCAACACACUUCAAUUGCGCUUUUCAGGUGAUCGCCGAAAAUCAACGGAAACUCGAGAAUAGCGAGAGAAACGCCGACAUGAACGACGAGCGAUGCGCCAACUGGAACACGGAACGGAACAUCGACCGGAUCGCCGACUGGAGAAACAACUGGAGAACCGAACGGAUCGCGGACUGGAGAAAUAACUGGAGAACCGAACGGAACGCUAACUGGAGCGUCGACAGGAAGGCUGACCGAAGCGCCAACUGGAGCACCGUGCGGAACGCCGACAAGUGAGGUGAUCACUUCUGCUGCUUCCUCAGACAAAUCAAUUCGAAUCUAAUUAGAACAAAUUUGGUGAAACCACGUCAAAUGGGGUUAUUCAGGCUGUGAAAAAAUGCUUUUUUUUCGUUUUUUCGGUUUUCUUACGUCAAAAAACCAAAUUCAGCGGUGUAAAAAAACGAAAAAAAAACGGAAAACAAACAUAAGCUGAAUAGCCCCAUAAUUAGAUGAUUUUAGUUUCUAACGCAAUCUCUUUAAAUUCGCAAAGUUUAUAAUUAAAUUCGAAUUGAUUUGUCUGAGUCCGUCGUUCUGAUAAUUUUUCCUCGCAUAACCUAUUCUAUUCUUUUUUUGAUGUAAUUUUACAUGAAAUUGUUCUCUAAUCAGUCUUUUUGUGUGGGAAAUGAAGGGAAGCGGGGCGAGGAGGGGAGAGGAGCGGAGGGCGAGCGUCGCUCCGCCAUGCCUCCACAAUGCUUGCACGUGCCACAAACGUGCGUUUGCUGUGCAUGCGUUUACCGUACUAAUAAGUUGCACUCGCGAUCCACAUUAAUAGGCAUAAUGCAUGCAUCGCGUUUCAACUGUGUAGUGAAUACUGAUUGAACUAGACCUUACCACAAAUAGCUCCAAAUUGAUUUGGAGCUAACACCGCCAGAAUUUAGCCAUCUAUCCAAUCAGUUUUAAUUGUUUAGUGACAGGCCUCGUUUAAAAACGUUUUCAGUCGGCCGCCUUCUACAAUGUGACCGAUUGGAACGGUCAGCCAAUUGACGUGGCUUCGUUCAUGGAUCCGUACACUCUGCAGACUUCCUAUCCGAUCAUCACUUUGUCGUUGCGGGGAACUUCCACUGUGCAGGCCGUCCAACAGUCGUGCAUGGGAGGAGAUACGCUCUGGAAUGUGCCGCUGUUCACGCAGACUCAGGACGCAACAAGUACCGAUAAUUUGGAGAAUAGUUUAGGGUAAACGUUUUGUUUAAUUGAAGCUUUCAACUGGUUCAUCAACUCUACCGGGGGUAAUGAUGCCACUUGGCUCCGCCCACUUCCGACGCCGUAUCGAGUCGACAAUACUGGCAGCUCGGUGAGUUCGGACUUCUAAAAAGGCUGGUUAAUUUUUUAAACUUUCAGAGCUUUGCCCGUAUAAACUACGACGACAAAUCGUGGUACAGUAUCCAAUCGCAACUUCUUAACAACAUGAACUCCCUGUCAGCAACCACAAGAGCCAUGCUUCUCGACGACGCCAACUUUUUCUACGAGUACGUUUUUUCCUCCAACUUCUUCUGGCGGCUUCAUGAACUUCCAUUCACAGAUACGAAACGUGGAGCCUCACGAAGUACCUCGACCUGACGCUGUACCUGGUGAACGAGGAUUCGUUGGCCCCCUGGGAGCAGGCCGUCCAAUUCUUCACCGAACUUCUCAAUCGCUUCCAAUAUCAGACCGAUCUGGCCACUGUCCAGAACUACGUGAUUCAGCUGACGAAGAACGCGUUCAACAAGUUUCAGUUUAACACCAACGGCAUCUGGACCAACGAGUGAGUGGGCUUAAGGCUGAAAUAGGCUGAAAACUGAAUGCUUUCAGUCGAAUCGUUCAACUCCUGGUCAAUGUGAACCAAUUGGCUGCCAAUAGACAAUCGAGACAAGUCGCGCAGGCUCUCUUCAACAAUUUUGUCCUCAAGUGCAAAUAUUCUCAGUCUGGAACUGGAAAAUGUUCAGGGUUCGUUUCACCUAGGUGACCUAGCUUUUACCAUUUUCAACUUUUCCUUCCAGAAUCCACCCGAACAUCCGCUCCUCCACCUACUGUUACGGUCUUCUGCAAAGCCAAGAACUGAAUGAUUUCCAAACAGUUGACGAUCUCUAUCAGUGGUCGGCUCAGUAUGCGGGAAUCCUCCAAACCGACGGUCCCCGACUUCUCAACGCCCUCGGAUGCUUCCAGAAUUCGACAAUACUGAAGCAGUUAGUGGGGAAAUCGUUUUGGGCGUCAAAAUUUUGCCAAAACUAUAUUUCUUUGCAGAAAACUCGAUCAAGUGAUGAUCGGCGACUAUCCGCCGUCUCUUCUGACCUCAAUUGCGCAACGCGAUCAGACUGGCCUUUUGCUUUUCCAAUAUCUCACGGAUAACACUCAAAAUGUGCGAAUCUCUAAAAAAUUUAAGGCAAACAACUCUUUUUUUUUUACAGAUUCUGUUUGCUCCGUUUGAUUUUUCGGUCUACGUCAGAGCUCUCUUCACCAACUGGAGCACUGACAUUCAAUUGAAUAUGGUAGAGUUUUGGUGUAACUUUUUGCAAAUUUAUUAUUCAGGCCAACAACUUUACACUCACAACAAACUGGCAAAUGUUGAAUGAGGCUCAACAGAAGACGUACCAGAGCGGGAUGGCCGGAAUUCAGAGUAAUAUAAAUUGGAUGAAGGCGAAUCACGAUACGCUCGUCAAUUGGAUUCAGAACAACUUUGGAGCAGCCAAUUGA